AUGCUCUCCACUCCCUUCCUCCAUGCUCCCCACUUCCAUGCUCCCCACACCCCUUCCUCCAUGCUCCCCACUUCCCUUCCUCCAUGCUCCGCACUCGCCUCCUCCACGCUCCUCACUCCCUUCCUCCAUGCUCCCCUCCACCACGCUCUACACUCCCCUCCUCCACACUCCCCACCUCCACGCUCCCUACUCCCUUCCUCUACACUCUACACUCUCCACCUCCACGCACCCCACUCCCCUCCACCGCGCUCCCCACUCCCCUCCACCACGCUCCCCACUCCCCUCCUCCACGCUCCCCUCCACCACGCUCCACACUCCCCUCCUCCAUACUCCCUUUCCCCACUAACCUCUCGUAUGCUCCCCAUUCUCCUCCUCCACACUCCCCUCCACGAUGCUCCCCACUCCCUUCCUCAACGCUCCCCGCUCCAUCCACCACGCUCUCCACUCCCCUCCUCCACACUCCCCACUCCCUUCCUCCAUGCGCCCUCUCCCUUCCUCCACGCUCCCCUCCACCACACUCCCCACUCCCUUCCUCCACGCUUCCCUCAACCACACUCUCCACUCCCCUCCUCCACGCUCCCCACCGCCAUGGUCCCUAAUCCCCUUCCUCCACGCUCCCCUCCAUCACGCUCCCCACUCCCCUCCUACAUGCUCCCCACCUCCAUGCUCCCCACUCCCCGCUCCUUUCCUCCAUGCUCCCCUCCACCAUGUUCCCCACUCCCUUCCUCCACGCACCGCUCCACCACUCCCCACUCCCCCGCGCUCUCCACUCCCCUCCUCCUCCACGCUCCCCUCUCUCCCUUCCUCCAAGCUCCCCUCCACCACGCUCCCCACUCCCCUCCUCCACACUCCCCACUCCCUUCCUCCCACUCCCCUCCACCACGCUCUCCACUCCCCUCCUCCACGCCCACCACUCCCCUUCCUCCACGCUCCCCUCCACCACGCUCCCCACUCCCCUCCUCCACGCUCCCCUCCACCACGCUCCCCACUCCCCUCCUCCACGCUCCCCUCCACCACGCUUCACACUCCCCUUGUCCAUACUCCCUUUCCCCACUAACCUCCCGCAUGCUCCCCAUUCUCCCCCUCCACCACGCUCUCCACUCCCCUCCUCCACGCUCCACACUCCCUUCCUCCAUGCUCCCCACUCCCCUCCACCACGCUCCCCACUACCCUCCUCCACACUCCCCACUCCCCUCCACCAUGCACCCCACUCCCUUCCUCCACGCUCCCCUCCACCACGCUCCCCACUCCCCUCCUCCACGCUCCCCUCCACCACGCUCCACACUCCCCUCCUCCAUACUCACUUUCCCCACUAACCUCCCCGCAUGCUCCCCAUUCCCCUUCCUCCACGCUCCCCUCCACCAUGCUCGCCACUCCCUUUCUCCAACGCUCCCCGCUCCCCUCCACCGCACCUCCACUCCCUCCUCCUCCACGCUCCCCUUUCCCUUCCUCCAUGCUCCCCACUCCCCUUCCUCCAAGCUCCCCUCCACCACACUCCCCACUCCCCCCCACCUCCACACUCCCCUUCCUCCACCACGCUCUCCCGCUCCCCUCCACCACGCUCUCCACUCCCUUCCUCCACGCUCCCCACUCCCUUCCUCCAUGCUCCCCACCUCCAUGCUCCCCACACCCCUUCCUCCAUGCUCCCCACUUCCCUUCCUCCAUGCUCAGCACUCGCCUCCUCCACGCUCCUCACUCCCUUCCUCCAUUCUCCCCUCCACCACGCUCUACACUCCCCUCCUCCACACUCCCCACCUCCACGCUCCCUACUCCCUUCCUCUACACUCUACACUCUCCACUACCACGCACCCCACUCCCCUCCACCGCGCUCCCCACUCCCCUCCUCUACGCUCCCCUCCACCACGCUCCCCACUCCCCUCCUCCACGCUCCCCUCCACCACGCUCCACAGUCCCCUCCUCCAUACUCCCAUUCCCCACUAA